AAUCGUUGGAUCGUUGAAGAGUUGAGUUUGCUGCUUCCUUUGCACUCGAACACGCAGCAGCGAAGGAGAUUUGCCGCCGUGUGGGGAAGCCGCCGCCUCUAAGAACCUGUCGCCGCUGAGAAUCGGUGGUCGCUGACGGGGGAAGCCGUUGAGGAGUCGCUGCUGUCGUGUAGUUCGAUUGGAGAUCUACGCGCAGCCCCGAACCACUGUCAGCCGCCGGGAGCAACGCCGACCAGAUCGGGCAGUGUGGUGGGCUUGAUUUUCUGAUGAAAUUACCAAGAUUUGAAAUUAGUUGUACCGGGUAUCUCGUCUAGUCGUGUGAUAUGGCAGAAGAUGGGAAGUUCCGAAUUGAGAAGUUCGAUGGUACAGAUUUCAGUUGGUGGAAGAUGCAAAUUGAAGAUUUGCUGGUUCAGAAAGAUUUGGACGUGGUUUUGGGUGACAAGCCAGAAAAGAUGUCGGAUGCAGAUUGGGCAGGUUUAGAUCGGAAAGCUAUGUCCGUGAUCCGUCUCUCGUUGACCAAGAAUGUUGCACAAAGGAGUCAGUCGAAGACUCGUGACAGCUCAGGUGUAACGUGCUGGAAGUGCAAGGAGGUAGGGCAUUUUAGGAAUCAAUGUCCGAAUGAUAAGAAAGUAAACAUUGCUCAAGGCUCUGCGAGUGACGAGGAGGUCGCUCUGACUUGCUGUGAGGAAAGCAAUGUGGAUUCCUGGGUCAUGGAUUCUGGUGCUUCAUUUCAUGCUACCCACAGCGGUGAAGCAUUGCAGAAUCUAGUUGUUGGAGAUUUUGGAAAGGUACGACUAGCAGACGACAGAGCUCUUGAGGUGACGGGCAUGGGUGACAUGGUGUUGAAGACCUCAGCCGGUCUCUGGACUUUAAAGGAUGUUAGAGUGGUUCCAGCCUUGAGGAAAAGUUUGAUUUCUGUCAGGCAGUUGGACGAACAGGGACACGAGGUUAAGUUCAGAGAUGGGCAGUGGAAGGUCGUGAAGGGAAAUCUUGUCAUGGCCCGCGGAAGGAAGAGUGGUUCGUUGUAUUUGGUCGAGUUACCAUCUGAGGGAGUGACCGCCCCAGUUCAGAAGAGAAACAAAGUCCGGUUCACAGAGUCUCGUGGGCAGAAUAAGGUUGUCUAUGCAAGAGAGAAACCUAGAGCCACAGGUCAGACUCAGGAUGAACGAGCGUGGAAAGGUUCAAGAAGGCCAGUCAGAGGUAUUUGUGGCAGUGGGAGCUCAAGAGGCGCUUCAGCCAAGUUGCCUAGAAGACAGUGGGUCAGGAGAACCAGUAUUCCAGCUGUUAGAACAUCUCCAGAAAAUUUCUUGCCGAGUAUGGAGAGUGUUUGUUCUCAGGAUGUUCCAGGAUCCGGUAGUGUGCGUCUGCAGUGGGAGCCGGUAGGGACCGAGGACGAGUCAGGGGCAGAUUUUGCCGUGAAUGAUGUGUUGGAGCUUGGGAGAGCUUCAACGGGCCUUUCAGUUGUCUGAUGAUAGGGCCGCUGCAACAGGAGAGCUGAGGAAGAUUACUCGAUGUACAGGCGAUUGUAGAGGAUGACAGUUGAUGAUUAUCAAGCCUCCAAGUGGGAGAAUGUUGGGCUUUGUGGAGGCUUGUUUGUCGGCCUGGCCCAGUUGUGCAUAGCCCUAGCUUUUUCCCUAUACAUAGAGGGCUUGUAUUUGUAAUCGUGACACCACAAUAUAAAUACCGAUCCAAGUUACAAAUCCGAUCAAAAGGGUUGCGAUUUUGCAGAAUCCUGUUCUCUUCUUCCGCACGCACGAACUCGUUUCAUCUUAUCCAUCUUCAUCACCUUCAAUCCUUCACUCCAUCUUCAAGUAAUAUCAUCAUGGGUGAUCAACAACAAAGUACCAAAAAAGGAGGUUUUGAGCAAUUGACAACCAAAGAGAGUGAUGCACUAUUAGAGUUCAUGCUAGAUGUCGCCGCUCGAGGAUCGCAUGAUAAUAGUGACAUUUUUUCUAAGCAAACUGUGGAACAAAGGAUACUUCCUGUUCUUAAUAAAAAAAACUUAGGUGUCACAAGAACUACCUCAAUUACCAAAACCGAUUGAAGUAAUAUGGGAUGAUUAUUUUAAGGCUUAUCCAAAGGAUAGCAUUGAAUUACGUUAUGGAACAUUUCAGGAUUAUGAGGACUUGAAAAUUGCAAUUGGAAAUGGUGUAGUUGUUGGGAAAAACUCAAUGGUGUAGUUGUUGGGAAAUUCCACCUAUUCACUCCACAUCACCACUUCAAUUUCAAAUUCCACCUAUAUAUAAGACGUGUUCGUGAAGAUGUCACAUGAAGAGCGGCUUAAUUGGAUAGGUCACAAAAUGAGAAGAUAAAAUGAUAAGAUGAAUGAAAGAGUUAUGUGACUUUAUUUUGAAUGUUUUAUCUUUUAUGUAGUGACUUUAUUUUGAUUGCGAGUUUAGAAUACUAUUGGUUUAUUAAGUUAUUUUAAAAUAUGUUUAGCUUAUGUUGUUGU